AUGGCUGCUUUAAGUGAAACAAAUGUUACCGCAAGUAAGAAUCAAUUAUACAAAUAUUAGACUGCAAUAUAGAUUGCAGUAACUAUACUCUGAGCUUCACAGAACGUAAGUUCGUGAAUAUAGGCAUCGACCCGACAGACAUAUUUGCUGUCAAAGUAUAUAUAAUAACUUCGUCGUGGUACGUUAAUAUAACACCAGAUAUUCUUACACGUAUAUUUUCACUGAUGGACGAAAUCCAAUUAAUCAUACUCGGAACACCGAAAUUUAAGUUACAUAUAUUUCUGGAAACCGCAAUAUUCAAGUUAUCGCUUUCUGUGUACAAAAAAGAAAAUGUUUUUGUGAUGGAAACAAAAAUGUGGUCAGUUGCCGCAUCCUAUUAAAUAGACAGGAUUUAUUCGCACUUCAAAAUUUGGAAUGGUGCAUUUUCAAGACGAUCGCACGGAAAACAGCAAUCAGUCUACCAAUAGUAUUAAAACAAUUCAAUCAGGUUAGUUGUUAUAUAGAUGAAGAAAUUACCAAAAUGAGAUCACCACCAUCAGAUAUGAACGGAAUACAAAUGUUCAUAAAUAGUCUUCAAGACGAUAAUAUCAUCGCCUCCUUACCGAAAUAUGAGAAACGUUAG